AUGAACAGCAAAACAGUUUUUGAAGACUCAAGACACAAUGACACAGAAAUUUACACAAUACAAAUUGAAAACUCAAUUUGUGACACACACAAUCUUCUUGACGUCCCUCAGAUUUAUCCUUAUAUACAGACCAGCUUUAAAUCUUUUCAAGCACAACAUCCUCAGCUAGUUAAGGUUUUGAUGGAUAUGAAGACUCCAAGCCCAUGCAGGGUUGCCAGUGAUAAACAUCAGCCAAAAAGUGGCUGUUUGAAAAAUUUAAUAAAAAUUGUCCCUAACAUACAAAAUAAUGACCCUGCGACGGAAAAUUCUUGGAAUAAUUCAAGAAAUAGCCAUGAUAAAGCUCCUGUUGUUUUGAAUUUCAAAAGAAGUUCAAUUCUGGCAAGAAGAAACUUAGUCUUAAUUAGUUAUGAUUCUUAAGCGUUUAAAACUAUGAUCACAUAGCCUAUAUGUGGUUUCCACUCCUGCUUCGGAUGACCCACUUACCUUCUGUCGUGCACCUCUUGGUCUUGAUUUGAAUGACUUAUCGACUUGGGUGUUUGGAUUUCGAUGGCUUUCCUUCCAGUUCUCGGAAAAAGUCAACUAGCAUCUGUUAGGCAUAGUAAAUGUACCAGUCUCUACUGUCUGGAGUAUGGAAACUUCCAGAAAAUUCGAAUUCCCUAAAGACUGGGCGUCUAAAAUUUUGUACCCUUGAGCGUAAUCCACCUAAUUGCUGGGAUAAACUCGUUGAGUGAGAAUUUUCAUAAUCAAGAUUGACCAGAGGAAAAUUUUCUGCUCGAGGAGAACAGAAAAUUGGAGUAAUGUAGCAUUUUGAUUAUCUCUGGGAAGAAGAACACAAAUCUAA